AUGGAGGUCUUUGCGUUUAUUGCAAGCGUCGAUAGUUUUGGCGAGCUACUGCUCAAAAGCUUCGGCGCACUAUACCGUCUACAAACCCAGCUGUCCGAGGCCCCGGAUGAAAUCACUCGUCUUUUUCAAGCAAUGCAAAGGUUCAAGAGCGUUCUGGAUGAGAUUCAAUCCUUGGGAGCUCCUGAAGUAGAAGCCUUGGGCAGAGUCCCAAGCUUAUCGGCAUCCUGGCAGGAUCACGCUGCCGCCACCAAGGCCGACUUGACAGGUUUACUACAGACGUUGGAGAGACUUCAAGACGAGUUCUCCAAGCCCUCUAGGACCUCAAAAAUGGUGAGAGCAAGGUUUCGAAAGGUUUUAUCCAACCACGAAGUAGAACGCUUUGAACGGAUUCUCUCAGCCCACCAGAGUUCGUUCAUGUUUAUGCUCAGUGUAAUACAGGAGUCUGUCUUCUUUAUUCUGCCGGGGCGACAUGAAGAUCGAGACUUGGAAAGGGGGGUUCGCAAUGUUGUCGUCAGAGAGCUUCGUCGUCUAUCAAGCUCAACUUUGGGUUCCGAGGAACUGCAUGCGAUUGCGACCAUUCAGUCUGCGGUCAAACAUCCAGGGUCACUCGUCAUGGGAACAAGCAAGAGUGCAACAGAUAAUUCGAGCGUUGUCGGCCCCGGUACUGUGAGCCAGACAGACGCCCUCUUCAGCAAGACCAACCUAGUUGCUCGUGAGCUGAUCUGCCAGGUUUUCUCAACCUAUAUUCCCAUCGGUGUUGUCUCCGGACGACUUGUCAAGUCCUCCGUGUUUUCACAGGGAAGUGGGCCCAACAUCCGGAAGUGUUGGUGUCUAGACGUAUCACUCUAUCCUUUCGCCUUCUGGGCAAAAUCUGUUUUUCGACUCUAUCUAAAGAAGGCCUCCUCAGGUGUUUUCACAUUUGCCCCAAGACGAUAUGAGUACAACCAUAGCCCAGAGCUGCGCAAAUACCUGAAUGCUGGAGACGCCUCGGCCAUACGUCGCAUGUUUACGGAGGGCAAAGCACAUCCAACCGAUGUUUUUGCCCCAUCCGGGAACUCAUUGCUCCAUUUACUAACCCCCGGUAGAACUCCCCUCAUGCAAUGCUGUCAGUUCAUGCUCGAGAGCGAAGAGGCUUACAAUAGGAUGCGACCUAUGACUAGCCUUCUUGUAGAACGCGGUGCAGAUAUGGCAAUCUCUGACAGAAACGGCCAAUCUUCAUGUCUUUUGAUAUUUCAGAUGCCGCAAGGUCUUCAAUAUCUCACAGACUACCUAUACAAGUUCAUCAAUCUCGAAAUGCUUCAAAACCUUCAACCGAGAGAUUUGUGGCUGGUAUCCUCCCUUGCAAGAUCCACCAGUGUCUUUGGAAGCAAGUUGAGAUCAGAAUAUCGCGACCUCCGUACACCGGCAGAUAUCUCAUCUGAUAACCGCUCGCGACUUGAGAUUCUGCCAGAGCUUGAUCCCGAAAAGCAGGCAGAAUGGGUUAGAAAUGCGGGGAACUUUGAGCGAGCCACAUUUAUGAGAACGCUCUGCUCUUACGGGACUGUAGAGAUGGUUCAACAGUUCAUCGGUCGCGGUAUUGAUCUAGAAGAAACAGAGCCAUUAGACGGCCGAACCUAUAUCCGUCACGCCGCCCGGAAAGGGAACCUGGAAGUCGUGGUAGCUCUUGCGGAUGCAGGGGCAAGCCUAGAGCAGGAAGAAUGGUUCCAACGGAAAUACAACUUGUGCGCUUCAGUACUGGAAGAACUCCUUGAGCGUUGGGGAUUCAUCACUCAGCGCAAGCCUAUCUGGGGUAAACAGCUAGCUUCCCCGGAUUCAGAACUGUGGAUUCUGCCUUGGCUUCUACGGCAACCGAACCACCACAGCCAUAAUGCCUUGUACAUCGCAAUGGGAUGCAUAGACGCCUUGCCCAUAGUCAAGGCUGUUCUCGAGUUCGGAUGUGGUCGAAGAGACGGCCAACCAGCAAGAACGGACCACGGGAGAAGAUGUGGCUCGGAAGUCAUUGACGCUGUAAGAAACGGGAAUCCUUACCUGAAGCAUCUUCUGGAUGCCGGCCUAGCGCUCGAGUGUGAAGACUGGCUCGGAAUCAGUGCCGUCAUAUACGCCGUCGAUUUUGGGUCUCUCGACUCGCUUGAGCUACUGAUACAAGAAGGAGUCGAUGUGGAGCGGAGAUGCGGCUACGGCUUAACUCCUAUCGAGUUGGCAACCGCUAACAUGAAGCUCGCCCAUCCGCGAGUGACAACAAGAGGAUUGGCAUAUACAUUCCCUUUUCCAAAGAUAUAUGUUGACAUAGACACAGACCGAAAGCUAUAUGAGUGUCUGAAACGGGCUUUGAAGUGCCGACGACUCUCCUCUGUCGCACAUGGUAAGUAG